AUGCUGCUGGAUAGAAGCGAGUGCCUCAACCUCAUUGCCUCCUGUAAUUCUUUGCCCGCCGCCAGGCAGCUAGAGCACCACGCCCAGCACAUUUUCAGCGGCGGGACCGACGCGUUCGCGAGCAACAGGCUGCUGGAGCUGUACGGGAGAUGUGGCAGCGCGCAGCACGCACGCCGUGUCUUCGAUUCGAUCGUGCACAAGGACUUGUACUCGUGGGUCCGGAUGAUCACUGCAUAUGCCCGGACUGGGCAUCUGGAGGAAUCCAAGCGAGUGUUUGACAGCAUGAAAGAGUGGAAUUUGGUUUCCUGGAAUGCAAUGCUGAGUGCUUUCUUACACUACAACCUUACGGACGAGGCCAAGGUGAUGUUCGACGCGAUGCCGGAGAGGAACACGAUCACCUGGAAUGCAAUCCUGUCUGCAUUUGCCCAAGGCGGGGAUCUUGGUGCGGCAAAGUUCGUGUUUGAUUCAAUGCCCGAAUGGGAUCUCUGCUCUUGGACGCCCAUGCUAGACGCGUAUGCGGAAGCCCAUCUUGUGCGAAACGCUCGCGAUAUUUUCGACUGCAUGAAAGAGAGAAGCAUAGUUUCAUGGACCGCGAUGCUGUGUGCGUAUGCCCAAAACGGGCAUCUAGAGGACGCACGGCAGGUGUUUGAUGCGAUGCCAGAGAGGGACGUGGUUUCCUACAACGCAAUGCUCGCGGCGUACACACAGAGAGGGCAUAUGGACGAGGCGAGUCAGGUUUUCUUCGGCAUGGAGGAGCGCAGCAGCGUGUCGUGGAACUGCAUUGCUUGUGGCUAUGCCCAAGACGGGCAUAUUGACGCUGCCACUCGGGUGUUCCUCGCGAUGCCAGAGCUGAGCGUCGUGUCGUGGACUGUGAUGCUCUGCGCCUACGCUCACACCGGCCAAUGGACCGACGCUCUGGACCUCUUCAGCAGCAUGAAGAUGACCACCAUGCCCGACGACGUUGCCUUUCUGUGCGUGCUCUUGGCGUGCAACCACGCCGGGAGCGUCCGCUCCGGCUGCUCUCACUUCUUCUCCAUGGCUCCCGACUACAAUGUGACACCCCGAAAGCAGCACUACUCGCUCAUGCUCGAUCUCUUGAGCCGCGGGGGGUACUUGGACGACGCCGGGGAGCUCGUCGCAAACAUGCCGUUUGCACCGGAUGCGCGGGACUGGACGAGCUUGCUAGGGAGUGGUAAAACUGGCAAGGAGGACUACGGUGCUCGAGCAGCCCGAGGAGUUUUGGAGCUGGAUCCCCACAAAGAUGGAACUUAUGUGCUGCUGGCCAACUAUCUGCAGCACUAA